GUAUAUGACAGCACUGACAGACUCAGAGGAAGAAGAGGCGAGUGAAGGACAACAAUGGGAUAAAAAACAACCACGAGAUGAAUUAAGCGUCCUCCUAGAAGAGAUUGAUCGUUUACACGAGGGAACGGAGUCCGAUAAAAGGGAAAGUCUCAGCAUCCUUUUGAAGCAAAGAGUGGAAUUUGGACAGGACUCCAGGUUUCUGUGGCGGCUAACUCGGGCUUACUGUGAUAUUCAUGACAUCAGCUCCACGCUGGAGGAGAAGAAGACUCACGCAGAAACAGGGAAACAGGUUGGGGAGGAAGCGGUAACCUUGAAUCCUUUGUGUGCUGAAAGUCACCAAUGGUUUGCCAUCAUGUGUGGAGUCAUGACAGAGUACGAUACAGUACAAAACAAAAUAAAGAAUGGCUACAUCUUUAAGGAUCAUCUGGAUAAAGCCAUCGAGCUGAAGCCUCAAGACCCUCUGUCUUACUAUCUACUGGGCCGCUGGUGCUACAGUGUUGCUCAGUUGUCAUGGAUUGAGAGGAAAGCUGCUGCAGCUCUGUUUGGAGAACCUCCAAGUGCAACCGUGGAAGACGCGCUGAAGAACUUUCUAAAGGUUGAAGAGAUCCGACCAGCUUAUUCCAAAUUUAAUUAUGUGUUUCUGGCAAAGUGUUAUAAAGACCUGGGGCAGAUCAAUAAAGCCAGGACUAUGUGUGAGGCCGCUUGCUUGAUGGACACCAUUUCUAAGGAGGAUGAAGAAGCACAAAAGGAGCUAAAUUCCCUUUGUUAUGCCCUUGGAGUCUAACACACAGGAAGUCACUCAUCUGGGAACUAUAAUUCUGUUUUUGUGGAUACAACUGUCACAAGACUAUAACGCUAAAUCACCACAUCUAAAAUCAUUUACUUUUUUUUUAAUCAUUUUAUUUGUUUUAUUUUGUGGAUAACUUUGGCCCUAGUUGACCUAGUCAUAGUUUGGUUCAAAAACAGCUGGGAAUCACCUAAAAACUAAGGUUUUGUUGGCUGCUGCGUUUAGGGCUUUUAAAAACCAAAGUUUCCACGCACAAAUUUACACCUAAAAAAGAGAAUCAAAUCUAAACAAAUACUACUCAAAUGAAUAAUUCUCUACUGUACAAAAAUCAUCCUCUUGAUUGUAACAAAAAAGACUGUUGAAAAACAAUUUGACCAUAGUUAACAAUGGGACCUGACUGCAAACUUAAUCUACAUUCUGUAAGUUUCUGACACCUUUCAAAUGCUGAAUUUGAUCAAGAAAUGUCAAUUUGUUUUCCAACACAUUUAUUGGAACAGUGGGUUCUAAUUUUGUACUGUCAGUGAUUUCUAAAAUUCAUAAUAGCAGAUCAAAGGUGAAUGAUAAAUAUUGUAAAUGCAUUGUAUUAAUUCCAAUUUUUUGAAAUGUUGAUAUUUGUCCUGAGUAAGAAAACAAUCUAGCAAAAA